AUGAUUCAAGAUACUGCUCGUUUAAUCGUUGCUCAGCUUCUCUUUUGUUUGGGUUCUUUCAACGUCGUUGGAGCAAGAGUCGGUAGUCAAGCUUCAGUACCGCAUGAAGAUAUGGCUUCAGUCAUCGCACUUCUAACACUCUGGUCGACACUAGGAUCUUCAAUUGGGUCAGCAGUGUCGUCGGCAAUCUGGACGAAUGAGAUGUUAGAUCAAAUGUACAUGGAGAUGCCUGGAGUUGACGGUAAGACAGUUCGUACACUGUAUGGGAAUAUCAAGAAGCUCCGUACCAGCUACGACUUUGAUGACCCCGUCAGACAAGGAGCUAUCCGAGCAUAUUCCUAUGUUAAUGGUCAUAUCGCAAUUGCGGCUCUUGUUCUGUCGGCGAUUCCACUGUUAGCUACCUUGUUCAUGCCGAAUUUCUAUUUAGGCGAGCAGCAGAAUGCUGUCACAAACACAGGCUUGGAUGGAGAGAGGAUUGAAGUACCAACCCGAGGUGGAGUUGUGGGAAGCUCGUUUUGGAAGAGGUUGACGGCGUUCUAUCACAAGGAAUCGUAG